CUUCAUAUCCGUUCUAAAAUAACGUCACCAGAUAAACCAUACAAGGGAAACAAGUGCCAAAGAAAAGUGCCCAAGUAGAAUCAAAUACAUAGUGAGUUAAAGACAAGUGAUAGUUUAACAAGACUUGAAACAUCCAAAGUGUAUUUAGUUCUUAAUCAGUUAAUGAAAAUAAUUCCGUGUAGUGGUGGGUAUCACUAGCAUGUGAUACCACCGGUCAACUUUCACCACGGAAAAUAUUAAGAACGAGACAAAGCGCCCGAAACGCAAAAGGAUAUCCGACAUGAGGGUGGAUUUCCGCGGACUGAAGUGCGCCACAGCCACGGCACUCAGAGCAGGAAUCAAAGCUGCAAUGUACGAAAGCAGCUGUUCGUACGCCGGGGCCUUGGAACUGAAACGUAGUGCACUUAAAGAGGAGCCUUGGCCGACCACAGAAUGGCCUCCGUACCGCCUUCACCAAUCCACUUUCGAGCAGCUGAAACAGAGCGUAGAAAAGGCCAAAGCGGCGCUGCAGGACCGAUCUGGGCUGCUGGGCACGGCGACGGCGUUCGGUGACUUCUACGGCGGCCAGCUGGGCCAGGAUGCCACCAGCACCGCCCUAGGGUUCGGCAGGACCACGCGGACAGAGGACUCUAUGCUAGGCGCGAUAGACAAAACCAAACCACUAGGAUCAGACAAACUGGCCGGCGCUCUCGGAAAGGGCUACUCCACACCGACGCUGUCCGAUUCUCUGCGUGCCACCAAAUGCUCAGAUGCGUCAUACAAAAGCACUUGGUCUACACAUGCAUCAUCCCAAGGAUCACAAGGCUAUGGCACCAACUCGCUGUCUGCGAUGUCAAAGUCUUCACUCGACGCGCACACACAUCUCCGACAGCCUGAUCCAUAUCAAAUGUUCGGUCCAACGAGUAGUCGUCUGGCGAAUUCAGGAUCAGGUCAAAUACAACUCUGGCAGUUCCUGCUGGAACUCCUGAGCGACUCGAGUAACGCAGGUUGCAUCACCUGGGAGGGCACCAACGGCGAGUUCAAGCUGACGGACCCCGACGAGGUGGCGCGCCGGUGGGGCGAGCGGAAGUCCAAGCCCAACAUGAACUACGACAAACUGAGCAGGGCUCUCAGAUACUACUAUGACAAGAACAUCAUGACUAAGGUCCAUGGCAAACGGUACGCCUAUAAAUUCGACUUCCAAGGGCUAGCGGCGGCCACGCAACCGGCGGCGAGCGACCCGGCAUAUAAAUAUCAAAGCGAUCUUUUCAUGAGCUCUUACCACCACUCGGCAAAGCUCUCGUCGUUCAUGGCUCCCCACGCAGCCAUGCCGACAUCAACAGCGUCGAUUUUCCCGUCGGCGUCGUGGAGCAACUGGGGCGGUGGGGGGAGCAACCUCUACUCCCCCCACUCCAUGGCCCCACCCCACGUGACGUCGCAUCUGGGCUCGUAUCCGCACUACGCAUGACCAGCCAUAUAAUUCGACGAUACACCAAACGACGACUGUAAUAUGGAUACUUUUUGUUAAUUAUUAUUUAUAAAUUUUUACGCUUGUCUUGUCUAUGUACCUACGGUUAACUUUUACUCGUUAUUAGCUAUAUUUUGCCAAACACUUGUUAUAUUGCCCACGAGAACGGUUCUCGGUCGCCUGGUUUUCAUAAGGUUCAGUUGUUUGGAAAAAAAACAAAACCGAGGUGAAUGGGUAUGGAAGUGUUCAUCUCAGAGUACCAACCAAAGGGGGGAACUAGCGAUAAUGUAACGCUGUUGACUGUGAAGGGUAUUUUAUAUAUUGUAAGGAUUAUAUGUAAAAUAAAUGUGUAUUUAUUCCUUUGACAUAUUGGACUAGGAAAUAAAUACAAAUCAACCCUCGUCAAGUAAAUAAACAAUGUAGAACCCACAGUUACUUGUGUAAAGCUAUGCAACCACCUAUCAUUUUAUUACGGUUCCUGCUGAAUUAAUUUAAGAAGAAAUAGAAAGCUACUAAGUAUUAAUAAUUCUUCUAGCAUUUUGAUUGACCUGAAAAUAAUUGCGGUUUAAUUUUUUUAUUUUUAUGUAAUAUAUCAAACCGCCCAAGACGAGUAAAAAGACAAAAGUUAUGGUUGCCAACUUCCCUAGUUAAAUUGUUUUAUUGUGAGAAAAGAUAAAGAGUGAAUUGUGAAACGCAAGACUAGUCUUUUAUCAAAGAAUGUUGUAAAUAAUAGAUACUCAUUAAUUAAGUAGAAUUAUUUAUUUAGGAUUACAAUAAAAUUUUAAUGGUAUUAAUUUUUAAUGUAUUAUAAAUAUCGUGUAGGUAAAGGAAAGUAAGUACGUAUUCGCGCGUAUACCUACAGACCUCAGCAGGUUUCGCAGUGGCGUUGACUUGGUUUUGGGGUGCAAUGAUGUAAGGAUAGUUUGCAAGAGCAUAAAACACUGCAAAAUGCGUGAAAAUCUUUAGACAUAGCAUGCAUUACUGGUGGCGUCGAUUUCAACAAGAAUUGAGCGUGACGCUCGUUCAAAACUAUCUAUCAAAUAAGUUAUAUUCAAGGAAAAGAGGCGGUAAUAAGUAGGUACGUGUCCUUUAUUUAAGGAAUACGGCUUUGUCUCAAAAUUCUACACACAACUUCCAGUGUUUUAAGCGUCUUUAGCAAUUCAUUGAAAUAUUUCGGUACCUACUAACUACUGACGACGACUCAAACUGUAACGUUUGGUGAUAUGAUAUAUUAUAGUUACACCUAGUCAGUAUUUUAAACAUUAAAACAUCAGAUGUGACAUAAUUUUUUCUACUCUAAAAUUGCAUACAAAUGUGAUCUACACUGAAAAAUAAAAAUGUGUCACUGAAUUUUCAGGUAGGUACAUACCUACCUACCUAUCAACAAUAUUUUACAAAAGAAUUAACAUUUAUAGUUUAAAAGAAAUUAUGAUAUUUUAUUUAGCAAAUUUGUAUAUACAUUAUAUUCCAGUGAGAGAACAUAUUUCUGUAAACUUUAUUCCCAGACUUAAAAUAUCACGAUUUGGUUUCCGGUUAAAAUAAUUUUCCUUAUAUUUUGUCCACGUACUUGCAAUAACAUGUUACUCUUCGAAGGCCGCAAUAAUGUCUGACACGGUCUUAUUUGAAGAUCUGUAAGACACACAGGCAGGCAAGUAUAUGGUCGUGCG